UCCUAGAUAUCUUUUACUGGGACUGACUAUGGGUGUGUAGUAGAGGCUCACAGGUCAAAGCUGUCAGAUUGACUUAAACCGAUCAUGCUGUCUUAAAGAAUUUUUCAGUCCAAAAACACCCAAGAAUAGCGAUAAAGCGAUCUCCUCUUUGGUGGUAAUAAGCGACUUGUGGCGGUAAUCGCGCCCGAUGAAGGCUAUAAGUUCUUUCAAAGAGGCGCGUUAAUGAUCUAACAAACGGUAGGCCCGAUUUGUGUCUUUUAAAUCAUUAGGCACGUACGUCGUCUAGAGUAACUUUAUGUGAUAAACACGCCAAAACCCGUCGAGCCUCCGUGAAAAUGUCCUUCUGUUUGCAAUUCACAUCGAACUUGCUUCAAUAAAUACAUCACAAGGUAAAUAGUGUUUAGAAAUUGGUCGUUGUUGCUUAUCGUUCGAACGGAUUUAUUACAGCGGAUGUCGAGAAAUGCAGAAAAAGGUUAUACGAAAUAGCUGAUCUCUCCGUAGCCGUUCAGAUAUCGCCAUCACGAUCGCGGGAUUCAUGACUGCAUUAGUCAGAGCUGUUGUUCGUUCCCGCGCUAGCCAUAGAAAUUGUUUAAUUGGUCUAAUUUAAGGCUUGAUGGCACGUUCGAUCAAUAAUCUGCGCCUAAUAUUCCUUUCAUUGAAAUAAUGAAAAAAAUAGUUAACUCAAAGCAUCCUAAUAUAAUUUGACAUCAAUAGACUAAAUAUGGAGAGCUUUAGCUCAACCUAUAUGUUUUCCAAUUAAGAAAUAAAACUUCCUUGUUAUUUUGGUAUGUUUUUCUCAUGUUAAUGUAGGUAUUAAAGUAAUUGAAGCAUUGACGGUACAAGUGAAAUUCUCACAAGGCCAGAUGUGUAGCCAGAGGAUCAUUUUCAAGACAGAACCAACAAGCACGACUAACAUCACAAACACCACACAACCGUGCAACAUGAUGACACUAGAGUCUCUCAUCACUUGGACGACAAUCUACAUCAUGGUUGGUCUUUUUGUGAUCUUUUUCAACUCGCUGGUUUUGUUGUCWUUCUUCAAAAACAAGUCCUUGCGCACGCGCACAAACUACUUCAUAGCUAGUCUAGCCUGGGCUGACUUUCUAGUUGGCGCCGUCUCUAUCCCGGGCUGGCUAGUGAUCAUAGUAACRAAAUGUAACGGGAACUCGUUAAUAGGAAAAAUAUGGACAGCAUUUGACAUGCUAGCGGGAAUAGGCUCCAUAUUUCACCUUAUGGCUCUGAGCUGGGAUAGACUUUGYGCCAUWGUAUGGCCUCUCCGACAUCGUCUCUACUCUAGACGCAAGUACAUUUUCAUCUUAUGCAUGGUGUGGGGCUUUUCAACUGUUAUUUCUGGACUAUCUGUAAUCGGCAACGAGAGAAAUACAAAAGCUUACAAUGUAUCGGUAAUUGUACUUUGCUUUUUCGUACCAUUAAUMGGGAUCGUAGUGGCACAAGGAACCAUCUUUUAUAGGAUUCACCAGGGUGGACACCGUAGCGAACAGCGCAGUAGCCGUCACAUUAAACGAGAAAUACGAGCUGCUAAGACCAUAUCUAUAAUGAUAAUGCUUUUUGUGAUUGGAUGGCUACCAUUUUUCACGAUUUCGCUGUUAAAUUACAUCACAAAGGUAACAACGUCCUAUCAUGCCAUCAUGGCGGUCAAGUUUCUGCAGUACUCUAAUUCCUUCUUUAAUCCUGUCCUCUACGCGCAAAAGUUUCCUGAAUUUCGCAAGGCGUAYGUUGCCAUGUUAUGCGCUUGUUGUAAGGAUAARAAAGAACUGUUUAAAAAUAGCCAGAAUCCAAGCUGUACUUAUUACCGAACGGGAACCUACCGAACUGUAGUYGUGCGUUCACCAAAAUACAGCCAAAGAUUUAACUAUGAAMAUACUCCUAACAGCAGCUCAAGGGCGCCAUCACCGUCCAGUCCURCAGAGAGACACGAAAAUACCGGUGCAAAGCAAAACMCUGAYUGYGUUAGUAGUGACGAAGUGGAGCAUGUCAUGCUUCAACUAAGUGACACUAGUAAGGACGAKUAAUUUUKCCGAUAUUUGAMAUUUGUAAAUGCGCAUAAAAUGCAGUAAAAGAGCCUUGWUGUGUAAAGAGACAAUUMACRAUUUGAAAUGACUACAUAACAAACUGCUAAUCUUCUUCGUUCUCUUKAAUGAAGUCUUGUAGUUUACUCUAUACGCAUGCUCGUUGGUAUGUUUUGCGACCGUUUCCCACAUGGYUUAUUGCCUGGUCAGUGAUAAAUAUUGAGCGAAAAGUAUAAUUAUAAACGCAAAGAGAACUAAUCUAUGAAAACCUAAAUGUGUCUGUUUUCACUACGUAGCACAUAAGCAUAGCAACGAUAAGCAUAAAUAUAGAAAGAUUGAAAAACAUGUUCGYUUUACUAGGAAACUGUAUGUUUCAAGCUUAUUCUUGUGUUUAAGUGAAAACAAGCUGAUGCCUUUUGCUAUGAUUAUGUCCAGUGAAAAGCUGCCUUUAUUGUACAGUGAUAAAACUAAACAGAAACUGUAUGAAACAAAUAUAAGAGAAUUUGUCUCAAUUCAAAGGUUAUUGAAUAAACUUUAGUCAAAGAAGUAGAGUAGUUAAAACRAGCAACAAACUAUUGUUUUAAGAGCUUAGAAUAAAAGAUUUUAAGCCUGCUUAAAAAUAAAUUUGUAAAAUAAAAAUAUGCAAAACACA